CGCACUCUUAAGUCAGUUGCGAAAAUCUGCUCUCCCCGAGCAGAACUGUGCGUGCGUGCAGCGGUAAACGGAAGUGUGUUAAUAAUUUUCAAAAUUAUGACGUCACUUUGGCUUUGUCUGAUUAUUUGCUUGGCGCUAGCGUGGGAGACGCGGCAAGCGCCAGCAAAUCCAAAUAUACAAGAUUCAAUAACUGCCACAACAAUAACGAAGAUUGAAGAAAUUACUCAAGAAGCGGAUGCGCGCGAAAAACGGAACAUUGAAGUGCCGCCACCGGAAAUUUUGCGCUUUAUGCGUCGCUUUGGCUACUUGGAGGCCAAUCCAAGCGAUUCGGAAUCACUUUAUCAUGAGUCGGCGAUUGUCGAAGCCAUAAAAAAUGUACAAAAAUAUGGAGCGCUCAACCAGACGGGCGAGCUGGACAAUCAAACAUUGGAGCUCUUCAGCAAGCCACGCUGCGGCGUCCCUGACAUUGAAGGCACUCCGUAUUAUCUCACAAGCAGCACACAACGCGCAUAUGUGCAAAGCAUCAGAGACAGAAGGAGUGAGUCACGGGCAGGAAGUGAUUUUAGUGUACGCCGCAAACGUUUUGUGGUCGGUGCGCCUACCUGGAAGAAACGGCGUUUACGUUACUUCAUCAGCAAUUGGUCUCGGAAAAUUCCAAAAUCUCAAGUGGAGCGCGACAUCGCACGGGCUCUGGAGCUAUGGGCACGGUAUAGUGGUCUUCGUUUCGAGCGCGUCAAUGACACCAAUGCCGAUAUAAUUCUCUACUUCGGCACACGAUAUCACGGAGACAACUUCUCUUUCGAUGGACCUGGCAACAUAUUGGCCCAUGCUUUCUACCCCUAUGAAAUGGGUUCUUGGGGUGGUGACGUACACUUCGAUGAGGACGAAAACUGGCAGGAGAACUCCACCGAUCGAGCAACGGGUGUGGACUUUUAUGCAGUUGCAGCACACGAAAUCGGUCACAGUUUGGGCUUGGCGCAUUCUCCACAUUACAACUCAAUUAUGUUUCCCUACUAUAAAGGUCCUGGAGCGGGCACAACACUAGAUUAUGAUGACACAUUGGCUAUGUACACCAUAUACCUAACUAAAGUUUUGGAAGACGAUGAGAAUAUCGUAACAACACCAGAAGAGCUGCAGAUAACGUUAACCACUCCCACUCUCCAUGUGGAGAAAGAGGAGAGGUCGAAGCAGACAACUAAGAGCGCAUUGCCGUCAUUUCAUGACGUUUACGAGACCGUAAAACGACAUAAAAGCCGCUUCGCUUCCAGCACGACAAAACUAACAGAACUUUCAACUAGCAAUACAGAUAUACCACCGCCAAACCCAACGCUGCCUACUUUAUGGCCAAAACCAGAACUUUCGAAGAUACCAAAUAUAUGUCUCGGCCAGUUCGAUGCCGUGAGCGUGUUAAAUGGAACGGUACACGUUUUCAAGAAUGAAUAUGUCUACAAGUUAACGCCACGUUACACCGUUAUGAACGGCUACCCGAUGAGCAUUUACGAAAUGUUUCCAUUUCUACCGGCAGAUGUCAAGCGCAUUGACGCUGCUUAUGAGCGCUACGAUGGCGCUGGCGUAUUUUUUACAGGCGAUAAAUAUUGGGUAUUCAGCUAUGCACAGAGCAAGCGUCCUAUACUCAUCGAAAACAGCCCGCUUCCAAUCGAAAAUUUGAUAGGUUAUGCGCCACAUAUCGACGCCGUUAUGUUGUGGCCAAAAAAUAAUCUGACGUAUAUAUUUGCUGGCGAAAGAUUUUGGCGUUAUAAUGAUCGCUUGAAAACGUUGGAUGUAGGCUAUCCAAAGCCUAUGCGCCGUUGGCCCGGCAUCCCCGGCCAUAUUGAUGCAGCAGCGACGUUAAACAAUGGCAAAACUUAUUUCUUCAAAAAUAAUCUUUAUUGGCUUUACGACAAUGCCAGCAUUAGACCGAUGCGUGGCUAUCCCAGACGCGCCUCAAGCGCUUGGUUGCAUUGUGUUACAACAACAAGGAAGCCACUACGCAAUUACAAUACAACAGUUACUUUUAUUGCGCCUUCAGCUUUGACUUGAACAACUUUGAUUUUGACUUAUCCU